GUGGAGCGGAAGCAGAAGGAGGAGGAGAAGCGGGAGCGCGAGGAGGUCCUGCAGAGGCUGACGGAGGAGCAGAGGCUGAAGGACGCCGAGCUCUCCAGGCGCAUCGCGGAGGCCGAGCUGGCGCGGGCGGAGCAGAGGGGCACGAAGGAGGAGCUGGAGAAGGCCCAGCGCGAGCGCCUGGAGCGGGAGGAGGAGCUGAAGAGGGAGAAGGCCGAGAAGGCCGCGGCCGAGCAGGAGAUGCAGCGCAAGCUUGAGGAGCUGCGCCAGAAGAAGGAGGACAGCGACCUACAGCACAAGCAGGAAUUCGAGGAGGCCAUGACCGCCAAGAAGCGGGAGAUGGACGCCAAGGAAGAGGAGAUGAAGACCCGCCUGGCAGACCUGCAGGCCAUGCUGCAAAAGAAUGCGACGGACUACGACGAGCUGCAGCGGCAGGUGCCCGUGGGUGCCCGUGGGUGCCGGGAGGUGCCUGGAGUGCCCGUGUGCCUGGGGCUGCCGUUGGUGAUGGCGGGCGUGUCUAUCGCGAUCAGCUGUGCCGCGCUGAUCUCGCAGAUCGGGGCCGUGGCCGCCGUGCAGAAGGGCCACGAGACUGGCCACGAGAGGGGCCACGGCCAGGACAAGGCCGGCGUGCUUGGGCAUGGCAAGGGCUUCAUGGCUUCCAUCUCAAACCACACUGGCCGCCAGACACCCGAGGAACUGGGCUUCACAAGCGAUGGCGACGUCGAUCCGGCCCAGCAGAAGGUGUCGAUGAUGAGUGAGGAGAACUGCCUCGACCUCGGAGCCAAAGGGUUCCCGCUGCCGGUAUUCAAGAUGCUUCAGGCCGUCGAUUGGAGCGCCCAGAAGUACCUUGAGCAGAUCCAGAGCGUGGGGUACGUCGAGGACGCUCUGCAGAUGACGGCCCCGGAGGACGCCAUCCUGAAGUCCGACUGCAUGAAGGACGGCAAGGGCAGGAUGAAGCACAUCUUCGUGGGCGACUCCCAGAUGCUGUCCCUCCGCAACGCGCUCCACCGCCUGAACAAGUGCCCCGAGAUCUGGUGGGACGCGAACGCCACAGACGCCCGCACCGGCCGCAGGGCGGCGACCACAUCCGUCGGCCGGCUGCACUCUGGCACGCGACAGGCCCCCGAGAGCGCUGUGGAUGGCUGCAGCGAGGACGGUAUCGCAUCGUUCAUCUAUUGGGACGCUUGGGUCCAGAGGAACGUCCCUGUGGAGGAAAUUCGGCGUGAGAUCGAGGUCCUUGACCUGGAGCCGAAGCGGGGCGACACCGUGGUCGUCUGGGUGGGCUCGAACUUCAUCAGCGCUGCGCGGCGCACGGGCGUUCUCUUCGACACGAUCAACAAGAUGCACGAGAUGGGUGUGCAUCUCGUGUGGGAUUCGCCGACUUUCCACGACGUCGCCCUCAUGGCCGCAGCUUCUCCUCGCGAUGAGGGUCGCGACCCGACCAACUCGUUGCCCAUCUCGUACUCCACCAUGAGCAGGAGGAAGACGCAGGGCACACUGGGCUCUAACCAGUUCAAAUCUGAGAAGGCCUUGCUCAAGUCGGGGGUCGAGAUCCCGAUGACGAAGCGCUGGCAGCUGACAAACCGUUACCGUGGUCUCCAGUGCGACGGCAUGCACACCGACAUGCGUGCCAGGGACCCGCUGUUCUACAACCAGGAGUGUCCGGUAGGCAGGCAGAUGUACGGCGUGAGCGGCAGCGGCUGCAACUGGGUGGAGCCCUUCAGGGCCGGCCUGGCAGACCUGUGCCCGCUGGCCACGGGCGUCGACGACCUCGUGCUCCAGAGCGGCCUCUACGCCGUGUGCGCCGCCCACGAGCGGCCGUUCUGCUACCAGCACACCGAGACCAUCCGCUGA